AUGUCUCAGGAUUCGAUUAAAAAAGUCAACAUCCUUUCCCCAUCUCUCUUCUCCCUUCACGAUGAGGGAUCUCCAGAUGAGCAGAAGACGUCCCUAGUGAAGAUUCUAGGAGAUCAAAAGGGUCUGGACAAGGACUCCUUCAUGGACAUGCUCACAGAGCUCACCGGUGUAGCGGAUACUGUAGAUGAAGCCGCUCAGAAGGCGUCAAGGGAAUCUGAAGGGACGCUGAUGAAUGUCAAGGGAGAGGAAAUUAAUAUCAGCAGAGAGAACUUGACAAAAAUUUAUGGAGAGGAUAACUUCCGAAAAAUGAAAGUUCUAGAAAAACUACACGGGAUGUACACAGAGGAACAGAAGCGAAUGAAGGAUAUCGUUGGGUCACCCAUCCUGUUCUCAGCUAUCAUUGCGUCUCCAGCAACGGCUUCACAGGCACUUAUCGCGUCAUCGGUACUUUUUACACCACUGGUACUGUCCCCGGCAAUCUAUGGAUCAGUUAUUUUGUCGCCCUGGGCUCUUCAAAAAAUCAUCAAGAUUCUGCAAAUUGGUAUUGACAUAACCGUAGAGGUCUCCAUCUGGAAGCACAUAUGGGAGGUUCUGAGCAGAUCCAAGGCUCAAAAAAGCCAAAAGAAGGAAGCUCUGGAAAAUGGAAGCAACAUUAGCCGAGGAAUCGCUUAUUUCGAAUAA